AUGAUAGCAGACUUUGGUGGAAAUCCGAAAUCUACCGUGAUCGCCUGCUACAGCCCAACAAACUUCUCCCCCGAAACAGACGUCAUCCAAUUCUAUCACGAGCAGAAUGAUACGACCGACACAGUUCCAGCACAUAAUGUUCUCAUUAUCGCAGGGGACUUUAAUGCCCAAAUAGGACCAGGAGAUGCUCCCUUUACGUUCAACUAUGUAACAUAUCGUGAUGGAGAAAUGCUGGUCGACUACGUCGAAGAGUUCCAGCUGAUGGUUGCAAAUAACAUCUUUUUGAAGCCGCCUAUGAAAUUAUGGACAUUUCAACAUCCGUCUGAAAGACUCUCACAAAUAGACUACAUUCUUGUUAGGAAGAAAUGGAGAAACAGCAUCAGAAACUGCCAGUCCUACUCGUCAUUCAGUAGCAUUGGCUCUGAUYAUCGUAUCGUCUCCUGUACCACUUGCUUAAGCCUUAGGUAG